CCGUCUCCUGUCAGUAUUGUUUACCAAUCAAAUCAUGCUACAAUCCCGCAAUGGCAAGCGUACCGGGAGAUAAUUCGAAUAUUUGCCGAUUUUGUUUGUGCCAGGAGGAGAAGCAACUGAUGCUCAUUUCAAGAACGUUGCACCCUUCCCUAACAAUCGAGGAUGUACGAAGGUUCACUGGCAUUCAGAAACUCCCCGACGACGCAAACGGGCUCGCGAUAUGUUUCGAGUGUUUGGGUAGUCUUAAAAAAUCUGCCGACUUCCGGUACGCCUGCAUACGCAAUGAUUCCACCUUCCGUCAGCUGAGCGCGGAAGCAGCUGCUUGUAGGAAAGGGAAUCCGACGAAACCCGUGGACCACAGUGAACACAUAGUCUCUGCGGACCCUCUGGAGUUAAAAUUUGAGAUUAUUUACCACGAAGAAGAUAGUUUGGAACCGGUCGAUAAGGACCAACUCGUACGCAGCAUUGCCAAUGAAGGUUUCUGUACCGAUGGCGCAACACAAGGGGCAGUCGAGGAGGCGUAUUCAGCGAACCACAUCGAACUAGGUGAACCGAUGUCAGACGCUAACGAGGAGAACGAUGCGUUUGAAUCACAUAGGAUAAUGAAUUACCGUGCUGGGACGGAUUCGCUUAGUACUAGGCGAACUAGAAAACCCCGGAAACGAAAGCCACCGAACGGUGAACCGGAGGAUUUGCCAGCUUCAUCUGUCGAAGGAAAGGUUCGCAAAAAGUACGACCGUCGGAAAGUGCUGUGCCAUUUAUGUGGCAAAACGGUAGCCGAUAUUUCGGUUCACCUUGUAAGUCAUAAACAAGAAGCAAAUCACCAGUGUCCUCACUGCCCAACUAAAAUGACACACCCCAGCAACUUGCUGCGUCACGUCGAGUCCGUGCACAUGAAAAAGAUAAUAAAAACCUGUGCAUUGUGCGGCGAAGGGUUUAAACACAUGAGUGUCUAUACGGGGCACAUGCUCACGAAACACAACAUCGGAAAAACGUACAAAUGCGAAUUGUGCUCGCAAGUGUUCAAGUAUCCUGGCAACUUGAGAGAGCAUAGGAAAAGAAAGCAUUCCACUGGCAGCGAAUGUGUGUGUCCUAUUUGUGGUAUGAUGUUUAACGACCGGUAAGUUGCAAACCAUUAUACAACCAAUAAAUCAUGAUCUUAUGCGAUAAACGAACUCGUUUUGCAGGGGUGUAUUAAAAAGACACGCAGCGGUACACUCAACGGACACACCGUACCAUUGCAAGCACUGCCCCAAACAGUUCAAAAGCGGUGAAGCUAAAAAAGCGCAUGAGCUGACACACAGUGGCGUCAAAUUUGACUGCAAGUUCUGCAAUAAGUCCUAUCGGUACAGAACGCAGCUCUGUACACACGUUACACGAACUCACCGGAUUAAAGUGGAGGAAAAUGCGUCAGCGAGUGACUAAGUACUUAAGGGAAUAUCUCUAGGGUGGUGUAUGCUGUACGAUCAUUUAUGAAUAUUGGUACAACGCACUACAUUAAAGCAAAA